AUGAUUGAAGACAUUGACGAGGUGUACAAAGAAUUUCCUAAUGAUAGGUACGUGGGUUAUAUAGAAGGUAUGAAGGUAAUUUUAUUGAUACGAGACCCAGAACUCAUAAAAGCAAUAACGGUAAAAGAUUUUGAACAUUUCGUUGAUCACAAAGACUUAGUUCCUGUUGAAGUGGAACCACUUUUCGCAGAUAGCAUGUUUAACAUGAAAGGUGACAGAUGGCGUGACAUGAGAAAUACUCUAAGUCCAGCGUUCACCGGCUCUAAGAUGAAACGCAUGAUGCCAUUUUUGGAUGCAAUUAGCGCUAAUAUAGUGGAGUACGUUAAAGAUCAUUCCCAUGAAGAUAUAGAUAUUGACGACUUAAUUCGAAGAUAUACAAACGACGUAAUAGCUUCAUCAGCUUUUGGACUCACUGUUAAUUCUGUUAAAGAUAAGGAGAAUGAAUUUUUCAGAACCGGUCAGGAUUUGUUUUCAUUUACACCUUUUAGACGUAUUUUCUAUAUUAUCAAUUUAGUUUGUCCGUCUCUGGCAAAGACCCUGGGCGUGUCAAUGUUUAACCCUAAAAACAUGUCUUUCUUUAUGGAUAUAGUGUCAAAUACGAUGAGUUAUAGAGAAAAGAAUAACAUAGAAAGGCCAGAUAUGAUUCAGUUGUUGUUGGAAGCUGCUAAAGGAAAGCUUAAGGUAGAGGAAGAUGAAAACGACGAUUUACAAACCAAAUAUGAAUAUGAACUUAAAAAAAAUUCUAGAGAAUGGUCACAAACGGAGUUAGCCAGUCAAGUACUCAUGUUUUUCUCUGCUGGCUUUGAAGCCACAGCUUCAACGUUGGUUAUGCUUCUACAUGAGUUAGUGGUUAAUGAAAAAAUACAAGAAAAACUGUACCAGGAAAUAAGAGAUUUUAAGGAUAAAAAUGGACAAUUGACUUACAAUAAAAUAAACGACUUGAAAUAUUUGGACUGUGUUCUAAAUGAAGCCUUGAGGAAGUGGUCCCCUUCAAUAGUCUUAGAUCGAGUGUGUACAAAAAAGUAUGAACUACCGCCAUCAAGGGAAGGAGGAAAACCAUGCAUAUUGUAUCCCGACAGUAUCUUAUACUGCCCAGUCAAUUCCCUGCACUUGGAUCCAGAAUACUUUCCAAAUCCCUAUGAUUUCGACCCUGAAAGGUUUUCUGAAGAAAACAAACAUAAGAUCAAGCCCUUCACAUAUCUACCAUUUGGUGUUGGUCCACGCGUCUGCAUCGGAAUUCGAUUUUCUCUGAUAGAACUCAAAGUUCUACUAUAUCACUUGGUGGACAAUUUCAAGUUAAUUAAGUGCGACAAAACUACUGACCCACCAGUGUUGGCGCCCGAAGACGUGAAGAUUAUGGCCAAGGGAGGAAGUUGGGCUGGGUUUGAGCUGAGAAACCCCUGA